GAUGAGUAGCGGGUGGAACGAGGUGGUUUUCUUUCUGAGUUGGUAACUGGUGAAGGCGAGAAGCAAUGGCUAACCCCAAAGUCUUCUUCGACAUCUCGAUCGGCAACCAGCCUGCGGGACGCAUCGUUUUUGAGCUAAGGAAGGAUGUUGUUCCAAAGACUGCAGAGAACUUCCGUCAACUGUGCUUAAAGGAACAAGGUUCUGGCUACAGAGGAUCAGUUUUCCAUCGAAUAAUUCCUGGCUUUAUGUGCCAGGGUGGAGACUUCACAGCUGGCAAUGGCACUGGUGGCAGGUCCAUCUAUGGUCUCAAGUUUGAGGAUGAGAACUUUAAACUCCUUCAUGAAAGCUGUGGUGUAUUGUCAAUGGCCAAUGCUGGGCCGAAUACAAACGGAUCGCAGUUCUUCAUCUGUACUACAAAAACUGAUUGGUUAAAUGGAAAACAUGUUGUGUUUGGAAGAGUUAUAGAAGGCAUGAAUGUUGUGAAGGCGAUGGAAGCAGUAGGAUCGAGAAGUGGGGCUACAAGUUCUCCUGUUGUCGUCACUGACUGUGGCGAGUUGCAAUGAAAGCAUUCCAACAACAGCUACUGCAUGUAGCCCACCUAACUGAUCAGAAUCUUUCCUUCUCAUUGUCAAGAAAAGUGAAAUUCAAAGAUCAUCCCUUGUUUGUCAUGAUUAGUCACUCAUGCUAUGGUGUAGUUGGGCAAGUACAAUACUUGUACUAGUGAUAUGGCAAUGCUUUGUUUCAUUCAGCUACUGGACCAAUGCUUGUUUUAUAAUGGGAACAACCAUCCAGAUGUAAUUAUUUACUGUUGCCUUAUACUGAAUCACUACAUUCAAAUAAAAGAAAACUUGUCACCUG